AUGUGGUAUGGUGAACGUAUUAACAGACAUAAAAGGGAUCGUAACCCAACAUUCUCCCAAUGCUGUUUACAAGGAUCAGUACAGUUGCCUUUUUUGCAUAAUCAGCCUGAGUUGUUGUUUGCUUUGCUAACAAACGAUGAUGAAUUGAGUCGCCAUUUCAGAGAAAAUAUCAGAGCAUACAAUAUGAUAUUUUCUUUCACAUCACUCGGUGGAAGUUGUGAGAACACGGUUCUUAAAGGCCGUGGUCCUAAUAUGUUUCAAAUACAAGGCGAGAAUUAUCAUCUACUUGGUAGUCUAAAGCCUGAAGUUGGUGAAUUCCCAAAGUUUUCACAGUUGUAUAUCGUCGAUACAGAGAAUGAAGUCCAAAACAGAGCUGGUAUUCUAAGCAAAGCCAAAAACGCAGGGAAGUAUAAGAAAAAACAGAAUCUCAUACCAGAAAUUAUUCAAGCAAUAAUAAAGUUACUCGAUGAUGUCAACCCCUAUGUUGAAAAUUUCAGAUCAGCAAAGGAAAGGAUGGAUACUAAUCCUGAAGAAAGUUUUCACAUGAGGAUAGUAAGUGAUCGGAAAAAAGAUGGAAGAACAUACGCUGUUCCCACAGCUAAUGAGGUCGCCGCAUUGAUCCCAGGAGAUUUUCAUUUAGGUAUGCCAACUCGUGAUAUAGUUGUUGAAGAAAAAGGUGGGGAUUUACAAAGAAUCAAAGAGACACAUCCAUCAUAUCUAGCUCUACAAUAUCCUUUAUUAUUCCCUAAAGGAGAAGAUGGUUACAGACCUGGAAUAAAGAAACGUCCUAAAGCUGUGAAAAAGAAAAGCCAAGCUGAUAAAGAGAAGGAGAAUGACUGCAUAAGUCUGCGUCAGUGGUUUGCAUUCCGUAUACAGGAAAGGAAGAAUGAGUCAAGAAAUCUGCUUAUGUCUAAAAGAUUGUUCCAGCAGUUCUUAGUAGAUGCUUACACGACAAUUGAGACAAACAGGCUGAGUUUUAUAAAGCAGAAUCAGUCAAGUUUGAGGGCGGCUAAUUAUGACAAGGUCAAGGAUGCUGCUAUAGAGGGGAUCACAGAUAUGAAUGACCAAGGAAGCAAAUAUUACUUACCCGCUACUUUUGUUGGUGGACCUAGAUAUAUGAGAAAUAUGUAUCUUGAUGCAAUGGCGGUUUGUAAAUUUCAUGGCUUUCCAGAUCUCUUCAUCACUUUCACAUGCAACUCAAAAUGGCCAGAGGUGGUUAGAUUUUGUAAAGAAAGAAACUUGAAUCCAGAUGAUAGGCCAGAUAUAAUAAGCAGAGUGUUCAAGAUGAAGUUAAAUUCUCUAAUGGAUGAUUUUACCAAGAAACACAUCUUAGGGAAAACUGUGUCAUCGAUGUAUACAAUCGAGUUUCAAAAACGAGGACUACCACAUGCGCACAUCUUGCUAUGGAUGCAUCCUGAUUACAAGUUCCCAAAAGCAGAAGACAUUGACAAAAUUAUUUCUGCAGAGAUACCAGACAAGACUAGGGAACCAGAACUACAUCAAAUUGUCAAAGAUUGCAUGAUUCAUGGACCAUGUGGUGCUAUUAAUAUGAAUUCUCCAUGUAUGGAAGACGGGAAAUGUUCAAAGUUCUACCCAAAGAAGCAUGUUGAUCACACUACAGUUGAUAAGGAAGGGUUUCCAGUAUACAGGAGAAGGAAAACAAAGCACUAUAUUGAGAAGAAUGGUUUUAAGUGUGAUAAUCGCUAUGUUAUACCAUAUAACAAGGUGUUGUCACUAAGAUACAAGGCUCACAUCAAUGUUGAGUGGUGCAAUCAAACAGGUUCAAUCAAAUACUUAUUCAAGUAUAUUCACAAAGGUUUGGAUCGUGUAUAUGUUGUUGUUGAGCCAUCGUGUAAAGAUAAAGAAGAAGAUAAGAGUUCUAGCCGCAGGAAAAAGCAAAAAAAAGAGAGUAAUCAGAAUGUUUCUGGGAGUAGUAGUUCAAAUGAGAUAAAAGACUUCUUUGAUUGCAGGUUUGUUAUAAAAAAAUUUGUUUCACUAUAUGUGUCGGCAUGCGAAGCAGCAUGGAGAAUUUUGAAGAAUCCUAUCUGUUACAGAUCUACAGCAGUUCAAAGGUUGUCCUUCCAUUUGCCGGGAAAACAAAUGGUCUUUUUCAAGGGAGAUGAUGAAGUACAAACAGUUCUUAAUAGGGGGGAGUCAGUUCUAUCUAUGUUUCUGGCAUGGUUUGAACUUAAUAAGGUAUCAGAACUAGCCAGGGAACUCACGUAUGCAGAGAUACCCGAGUAUUUUACGUGGGAUAAAAAAAGGAAACAGUUUAAUGAGAGGAAGAGACCAGGUUCUACGAUUGGAAGAAUUAACUAUGUUCCAAUUAGUAUAGAAGAUGGAUACUACCUCAGAAUGCUGCUGAACACACAAAAAGGUCCCAAGAGUUUUGAUGAUAUCAAAAAAGUCAAAGGAGUAGUUUAUAAAACAUUCAAAGAGACAUGUUUUCAUCUGGGAUUACUAGACAAUGAUCAGGAAUAUAUAGAUGACAUAGUAAGAACAAGUUUCUGGAGUAGUGGAAGCUUUUUACGUCGUCUAUUCGUUGUGAUGCUACUGUCUUAUAGUUUGUCUCAACCAGAAAUUGUUUGGGAAAAGACUUGGGAACUACUUUCAGAUGACAUUGAAAAAGAAAGGAGAGACUAUUUCAACCGACCAGAACUAACUCUAGAUGAUGAGGAGAAGAAGAAUUUCGCAUUACUGAACAUUGAUAGUAUCUUGAAAAGCAAUGGAACAUCUCUAUCAGCCUUUCGGACCAUGCCACAAAUACCAAAAGAAAGUCUGGAUGGGACUAAUGUUUUGAUACUUGACGAGAAAAACUAUAAUCGUGAAGAACAGAAAGAAAAACAUGACAGAUGGGUAAAACAAAUGACAGAUGAGCAGAAACAUAUCUACGAUGAGAUCAUGGAAGCAGUGGAUAGUGAUAAAGGUGGUGUAUUCUUUGUUUAUGGUUUUGGAGGUACAGGGAAAACUUUCCUUUACAAGACCCUAUCAGCAGCUUUGAGAUCUAGAGGAUCUAUUGUGCUAAAUGUUGCUUCCAGUGGCAUUGCUUCUUUGUUGCUAGCUGGUGGUAGAACUGCACACUCAAGGUUCGGAAUUCCGAUAAACCCUCACGAAACAAGUGUAUGUACAAUGAGCGCAGGGACGGAUCAAGCACAAUUGGUGGCUGAAGCUUCUUUAAUUAUAUGGGAUGAAGCCCCAAUGAUGAGCAAACAUUGCUUUGAGUCUUUGGAUAGAAGUCUAUCUGAUAUUCUAAAAGGAGCUGGGAACAAACCAUUUGGAGGUAAAGUGGUUGUCUUUGGAGGAGAUUUCAGACAGGUCUUACCCAUUAUACCUAAUGCUGGUAGAGCUGAAAUUUGCAUGUCUGCCCUAAAUGCGUCAUAUAUAUGGGAUCAUUGUAAAGUUCUGAAGCUUACCAAAAACAUGAGGCUCCUAGCUAAUAAUUUGAGUCCAACAGAGGCAAAAGAGCUAAAGAACUUCUCAGAGUGGAUAUUGGCUGUUGGAGAUGGGAAGAUAGCUGAACCUAACGAUGGUGAAGUCAUGAUUGAUAUUCCAGAAGAGUUUUUGAUCACUGAAUCUACUGACCCUAUUGAAGCUAUAACCAGAGAAGUAUAUGGCGAUCCAAUGUGUUUGAAGGACAAAAAAAAUCCAAUCUUCUUUCAGGAGAGAGCUAUUUUAUGUCCAACAAACGAGGAUGUGGGCAUUAUUAAUGAAUAUAUGCUUGAUCAGCUAGAAGGUGAGGAAAGAACAUACCUAAGCUCCGAUUCUUUAGAUCCUUCUGAUAAAAAAUCAAAGAACAAUCCGGUUUUAACACCUGAUUUCUUAAACAGUCUAAAGGUUAAUGGGUUGCCAAAUCAUAGAAUUAGAUUGAAAGUAGGUUGUCCAGUUAUGUUGCUAAGGAAUAUCGAUCCAAGGGGAGGGCUAAUGAAUGGCACUAGGCUGCAGAUUACACAAUUAGCUGAGUUUGUUUUGGAAGCAAUCAUUAUCACAGGAGAUAGAGUUGGGGAUAAAGUCCUUAUACCUAGGGUUUUGAUCACACCUUCAGACACAAAACUACCUUUCAAGAUGCGAAGAAGACAAUUGCCUUUAGUUGUUGCUUUUGCAAUGACUAUAAACAAAAGUCAAGGACAAUCUUUGGAUUAUGUUGGAUUGUAUUUGCCUAGACCAUGUUUCUCACAUGGUCAGCUAUAUGUUGCUGUUUCAAGAGUGACUUCAAAGAAAGGGCUGAAGAUUCUGAUUGUUGAUAAAGAAGGAAGACCUCAAAAGGAAACAGUUAAUGUUGUUUUCAAGGAGGUUUUUCAAAAUUUGUAA